CAGGGACAGGAGAAGGCGGGACUACGCGUGCGCGGCCGGUCGGGCUUGUGCAAGGUGGUUUUUUUUUUGGUUGCACGCAAGAGACGAAGAGAACCCCCAUGAAUCCACUAACCAAAGUGAAGCUUAUCAACGAGCUGAAUGAGCGCGAGGCACAGCUUGGUGUACAAGAGAAGGUCUCCUGGCAUGCUGAGUACAGCGACAGUGCCUGGGUGUUUGUGGGUGGUCUUCCCUAUGAGCUAACGGAAGGCGACAUUAUUUGUGUGUUUUCACAGUAUGGGGAAAUUGUGAACAUAAAUCUAGUACGUGAUAAAAAGACAGGGAAAUCCAAAGGUUUCUGCUUCAUUUGCUAUGAAGAUCAGCGAAGCACCAUUCUUGCGGUUGAUAAUUUUAAUGGAAUAAAGAUUAAAGGAAGGACAAUUCGUGUGGACCAUGUGGCUAACUAUCGCCCACCGAAAGACUCUGAGGAUAUUGAUGAUGUAACAAAAGCUCUCCGAGAAAAAGGAUGUGGUGCUCAAACACCUCCAAGUUCACCAGAGUCUUCAAAAGAUAGUGAGGUGGUAGUAAAGAAACACAAAAAAGAGAAAAGCAAGAAGAAGAAGAAAGAGAAGAGAGAGCACCGAAAAUGCGCGAAAGAGGAACAGCUUGCAGACUCGCCUCCUUCUAAAACCAGGAUCAAAGUUGAGAAGGAAGACCCAGGGUAUGAAUGGCAUGCCAAUGCAAGUCAGCAGACCUGGAGUAGCACAUCUGGGCACAAGCAUGCAAGCAGGGCACAUCAUGAACAGGAGUCUAAGUAUGAGCAUGUGAGAGUGAGGUCUCGAGACAGAGCCACAGACAGGGACAGGCAAGAACAGAGAACAAUCCACAGUGAGAAGCACAAGAAGGUAGAUACUUCCAAAGAAAGGCCCCGAGCAAUAGAAAGCAGAAGAUCCCGGGAGUGAUGGGAGAGAAGAAAAGACCUGCAAGGAGGAGUCUUCAAGCCACCACAGACCCACCUGACCCUGUGACAUGCAGGGAGCCCUGAAUCCUUGGUGGAGUGAAUGUUGUGUGCUGUUGGCCUCCGUUUGUUUUUAAGUAACUUUUUAUUGUUUUAGAAAUAGAAAUAAUGAAUUUUGCAAAUAAAUAGACCAUGUCUUCACAUGUCAUUUGUAUAUA